CCACUGCUAAGACGUCAUUGCUAGCUCAGAAAGGUCGACCUCGGGAACUGGACCGAAAAAGAAAAGAAAAAGAAAAAAAGCCAAGGUUCCACAGCCAUCGAGCUGCAUCUCACGAACGACAGAACCAGCAGCCCCGACAUGGCGCAUUACAUUAGCGUGAUCUCCUGAAUGAAUCGCACACGGAUCGCCGGCCAUGGCCUGAGAAGGCUCGUCAAACCCCCUCCCAGGGGCACCAGAGGCAUCGUCACCGACGCAGACGUUGUCAAGGCGAGGAAGUACUGCCAGACGCAGCUCCAACAUAGCGACUACGAUGCCCACCUGAUCAGCCGCCUCGUCCCGGCCCGCGCCACAGAUGCCUACCUUGCCCUCCGCAACCUUAACCUCGAGCUCGUCCGCCUCCCGGAGCAGGUCUCGAACCCGGUCAUUGGCCAGAUGCGCAUGCAGUUCUGGCGGGAGUCUAUCGACAAGACCUUCGCCGGCAACCCCCCCGCCGAGCCCAUCUGCGUGCUCCUCCACCAGGCCCUCCAAGAUCUACGCGCGCGGUCGACCGCCAGCACGGCGAGCUCGAUCAAGUUCUGGGUGCAGCGGCUCAUCAAGACGCGCGAGAAGCACAUGGACAACAGACCAUACGCGUCACUGGCCGCGCUGGAGGAGUACGCCGAGAACACGUACUCGACGCUCAUGUACGCCACGUUGGCGGCGAUGCCGCUGCGCUCGAUGCACGUGGACCACCUGGCGAGCCACAUCGGCAAGGCGUGCGGCAUCGUGGCCGUCCUGCGCGGCAUCCCCGUGCUCGCGGCGCCGCAGCAGCAGCCUGCGAAAUCGCACGCGGGGCCCGGCGGCGGACGUCAAGACCCCGCGCUCCUUCUCCCGCUGGAUGUCAUGGCCGAGGCCAACCUGCGCGAGGAAGACGUCUUCCGGUACGGGCCGCGGGCGGAGGGUUUCCAAGACGCCGUGUUCAAGGUGGCUACGCGUGCCAACGACCAUCUCAUUACCGCGCGCGAGAUGCUCAAGAAUCUCAAGGUCGGCCAGGAGGCCGGACACGAGUUUGAGCACCAGGGUGAGGCGGAGCACGUGUACGAGCACGAGGAGGACGAUACGCAGCGGGAUAUCCGACGUGGGUUCGGUGUGCUUCUCGAGUCGGUGCCUGCUCAGGAGUAUCUUUCGAAUCUCGAAGGGACGAACUUUGAUCCUUGGGCCGUCAAGCCAAGCUGGAAGCUGCCUUGGCGGCUCUGGCGGGCGACCAGUAAGAACCAGAUCUAAGGGUCAUCAUUAUGGCAUUAUAGAACCACCUCCGGUUGCCGGACUGUCACAACUUUUGGAUGGGUGUACAGUAUAUCACUGUAAAAAUACAAUCAAAAUAACCUGACCUGUAUAGAAGAAGGUCGUGUAAACACAUAGUCUUACGCCUCCGAGUAUCUUCCUGGCAUUGAGGUUGAGUGAAAGC